AUGUACGGUAAAAGAAUCGAGGAACAAGAAAAGGAAACAAGAGAAAAACCCAAUCAGAGCCAAAAUGAAAACCCAACCCCACCUAACCAACUGUCAGAGUUUGGACUAACAAAAGGUGGGUUAUGUGAAGUACCAGACAUGUAUGUAGCCGGACCGUCUAAGAUCAAGAGUUUUAAAGAGCUUCAUGAAGUAGCACCAAUGACGGAGUCGAUAGAUGCAUCGUCUUCAAAAGUUGGACCCAACCAAAGUGAAAGCAACCGUGAACUAUUGGAAGUCGUGCCAUUAGAAGUGGAAUCAGAUCGUAUUGCAAUGGAACCAGUUGGACCCUGUAAUUCCAAAAGGUCGAAUAUGUGGACCCUUAAGCAGCCGCCAAAAAAAAAAUUGUCAACAAACAAAAUUUAGUGCCAACG